GGUUACUUGGUUACUUGGUUACAAGUCCGGUGCUGUUGAUGCGCAGUUUGCGUACCGGACCAGCUCUAAAUGACCUCAUGGAGUAGCCUACUAGUCUAGAGAGGGAGGAGCUCGCGCCCUACCUUCGGUCCAUCAAGGGAUUCAUGUGGAGUUAAGCUGUCGGAAAACUUUUUCUACUGGGAUAUCCAUGACAUUUACCAGGGGGAGAGUGAGAGGAUUCCAAGAAUCGGAUCAUGUUCAAGGCAGUGCUGAAGAAGAACAGAGACGGAGGGAAGGGGAGCAAGAAGGAGCCAGCGGGUGAUCUCCACAGUGCCCAGCGAAGGUGCCCGCCAGGCGGAGGUGCACCCCAAAUCCAUGAGCCUGGCAGCCUCCACCACCCCUAUGUCCCAGAGGAUGUGUUCAGACUGAGCCUGGCCAAGGGCGUGUCCAUGUCCCUGCCCUCAUCUCCCCUGCUGCCUCGUCAGUCCUACAUGAUGCCCUUGCGCUCCAGCAAGAGAUCCCCUGGACCAAUCAGGAAGCCCAAGUAUGUGGAGAGCCCUCGCGUUCCCGGGGACUCCAUCAUCUCAGCGCUGAGGAAAGUGGCUGACAGCAAGACAGAGUCCUCCCACAAUGCAGAGCUGCAAGCUGAGAAAGAGCCAAACUCCUCCUCCUCCCCUGCCACUCAGGAGCUGAUGACAAGGCUGGGCUUCUUACUGGGAGAAGGGAUCCCGGGCACGGCUCGCAUACCUAUGGAAGACAAGAAUGAAAAAAAGUGCUCAGUGACAGGUCAGGGUAUCAGUCCCUGCUCCAGUCUGACCAGUAGCACGACGUCCCCCAGCACAGAGAGCCCGUGCUCCACCCUGAACAGCAACGCCAGCCACAGCCUCAGACACAGCAGCAGUGGUCACGGCAGACCUCCCCCGAGUCACUCCAGCCCCUGUGGGACCAUCACCAGCCCCAGCUCCACGCUCGAGAGCAAGGACAGCGGGAUCAUAGCCACCAUCACCAGCUCCUCAGAGAAUGAUGACCGCAGCGGCUCCAGCCUGGAAUGGAGUAAAGAUGGCAGCCUGAGGAGCAGCGCGCACCAUGGCCUGGCUCCCAGCGUGCGUGUCGAUACGUGCUCUCCCGUGGCCGAGGAAGACCCCAGCGGGCCCCCAGAGACCCCCGCCCUGUCCAGGACGGAGUACCCAGCAGGGGCCGCAGGAGGAGCAGCAGCAGCAGGACCAAGCAACCCACCGGAGGGCCCCGUUCCAUACCCCACAGCACACACUUCCUCGUCCCUCAUGAUGCCACGGCCCAACUCUGUUGCAGCCACCAGUUCGACCAAGCUGGAAGACCUGAGCUAUCUUGAUGAACAACGUAAUACUCCUCUGCGGACGUCCAUUCGGCUGCCCUGGCAUAACACAGGUGGGAGGGCACCACAGGACUCUAAAGCCCGCUUUGCUCCCUACAAGCCGGUGGACAUCAUGCUCAAGCCGCUGCUGUUCGAGGUGCCCAGCAUCACCACAGACUCAGUGUUCGUGGGCCGCGAUUGGCUCUUCCAGCAGCUGGAGGACGUGCUGAAGGGUGGCGGCGAGGCCGGAGAGAGCCGUGGCGCCGUGGUCAUAGGCAAUGUGGGCUUCGGCAAGACGGCUAUCAUCUCCCGGCUGGUGGCGCUCAGCUGUCACGGCGGCCGCAUGCGGCAGAUCGCCUCCAACAGCCCCAGCGCAUCGCCCAAAAGUGGUGGGGACACCCAGAGCACAGACCUCCCCCUCAGCCAGCCGCCCCAGCCCACCCCGCCCCCCAGCGCCACCAACACCCUGAGGAACAACAGCUGUCCCGGCACCCCAGAGAUCCAGAGACGCAAGGAGGAGGCCGUCAAACGGCUGGCCACCAAGGUGGUUGCGUAUCACUACUGCCAGGCUGACAACACCUACACCUGCCUGGUGCCAGAGUUUGUGCACAGUAUCGCCGCCCUGCUGUGCAGAGCACCCCAGCUCACCGCCUACAGAGAACUGCUGCUGAAGGAACCCCAUCUACAGAGCAUGCUCAGUCUGCGCUCCUGUGUCCAGGACCCUAUGGCAGCCUUCCGCAGGGGCGUGCUGGAACCGCUGGCCAACCUCCGCAAGGAGAGGAAGAUUCCCGAGGAAGACCACAUCAUCCUGAUAGACGGGCUGAACGAGGCAGAGUUCCACAAGCCAGACUACGGAGACACCAUCGCCUCCUUCAUCACUAAGAUCAUCUCUAAAUUCCCCUCCUGGCUCAAACUACUGGUCACUGUCCGAGUCAACCUACUGGAAAUCACCAGCCUCCUCCCCUUUUCCAAGAUCUCUCUGGACGAAUUCCCAGAGAACAAAGAGAUCAACACGGACCUCAACGCCUACAUCCAGUACCGCAUCAAUGGCAGCAAGGACAUCAUGAACAACAUCUCCCUCAAUGGCAAGGCUGACCCUAUCAUCGUGGGGAAGGUGAGCAGCCACCUGAUUGCCCGCAGCCAGGGUUCCUACCUGUACCUCAAACUGACCCUGGACCUGUUCGAGAGGGGCCACCUGGUCAUCAAGAGCGCCAGCUACAAGGUGGUGCCCGUGUCGUUGGCCGAGCUCUACUUACUCCAAUGCAAUAUGAAGUUCAUGACCCAGUCGGCUUUUGAGCGCUCGCUGCCCAUCCUCAACGUGGCGUUGGCAUCGUUACACCCCAUGACAGACGAGCAGCUGUUCCAUGCCAUCAACGCGGGUGCCGUGAGCGGCGAGCUGCCCUGGGGCGACUUCCAGCAGCGCAUGGAGACGCUGUCCUCUUUCCUCAUCAAACGACGGGACAAGACACGCAUGUUUUGCCACCCGUCCUUCAGAGAGUGGCUGGUGUGGAGGGCGGACGGAGAGAGCACCGAUUUCUUCUGUGACCCCAGGAGUGGACACGCGCUCAUGGCCUUCAUGCUGUCACGACAAGAGGGGAAACUGAACCGGCAGCAGACCAUGGAGCUGGGUCACCAUAUCCUUAAAGCACACAUCUUCAAGGGUCUGAGUAAGAAGACAGGCGUGUCGUCCAGCGUGCUGCAGGCCCUGUGGAUCAGCUGCAGCGCUGACGGCCUCUCUGCAGCCCUGGCCUCUCUGAGGAACCUCUACACCCCCAACGUCAAGGUGAGUCGUCUACUGAUGCUGGGCGGGGCCAACGUGAACUACCGGACAGAGGUGCUGAACAACAGCCCGGUACUGUGUGUCCAGUCCCACCUAGGCCACCAGGAGAUGGCUGGCCUGCUGCUGGAGUUCGGGGCCACCGUCGACGUGGUGUCCGAGAACGGCAUGAGCCCUCUCUCCUUUGCCUCGGCCGCCGGACACCUGGGCCUGGUCAGCCUGCUCUGCAAGAGAGGAGCCAAGGUUGACCAUGUGGACAAGAGCGGUCAGUGUGCUCUGGUCCAUGCUGCUCUGAGGUGCCACCCUGACAUCAUCUACCACCUACUGGAGCUGGAGUGGACCCCCGAGGGCCAGCAGCAGAACUGCAGCCUGAAGAACAAGGCCCUACAGCAGGCUCUCAUUGCUGCCUCCAGCAUGGGACACACGCAGGUUGUCAGAGGCUUGUUGGUGUUGAAUAACGAGCAUAGCGUGCAAAUUGAUGGCCAUGACACUCUAUGGGGAGAAACAGCUCUGACAGCGGCGGCGGGCCGGGGCAAGAUGGACGUGUGUGGCUUCCUGCUGGAGCACGGGGCCAUGGUGCAGCAGGUCAACCGCAGGGGGGUCUCCCCUCUCUUCUGUGCUGUCAGACAAGGACACUGGCAGAUUGCAGAGCUGCUGCUGCAGCAGCAGCAUGGUGCUGACGUGAACAUCAGUGACAAACAGGGACGGACACUACUCAUGGUGGCGGCGUGCGAGGGCCACCUGAGCACUGCCGACUUUCUGCUGUCAAAGGGUGCGUCGUUGACGUCGAUGGACAAGGAAGGGUUAACGCCCAUGAGCUGGGCGUGUUUGAAAGGACAUAAGAACGUUGUGCAGUUUCUGGUUGAGAAGGGUGCGGUCAUAGACCACACAGACAAGAAUGGACGGACUCCGCUGGACCUGGCCGCCUUCUACGGCGACGCAGAGAUUGUCCAUUACCUGGUGGAGAAAGGAGCAGUGAUAGAGCAUGUAGACUACAGUGGUAUGAGGCCGUUGGACCGGGCGAUAGGGUGUCGGAACACGUCGGUAGUGGUGACCCUGCUGAAGAAAGGGGCUAAACUGGGCUACAGAACAUCGCCUUAUGAUCGAUCAGGGAAUGCAGCCUGGGCUAUGGCCACGUCUAAGCCUGACAUCCUCAUCAUUCUCCUGCAGAAGCUUAUGGAGGAGGGCAACGUGCUUUACAAGAAAGGGAAGAUGAAAGAGGCAGCCCAGAGGUACCAGUAUGCUCUGAGGAAGUUUCCCAGGGAAGGGUUCGGUGAUGACCUAAAGGCCUUCAAAGAGCUGAGGGUGUCUCUGUACCUCAACCUCUCCCGCUGUCGCAGGAAAACCAACGACUUUGGCAUGGCUGAGGAGUUUGCAACAAAGGCCCUGGAGCUGAAACCCAAAUCGUACGAGGCCUAUUACGCCCGCGCCCGAGCUAAGAGAAGCAGCAGGCAGUUCACAGCAGCCAUGGCUGACCUGCACGAAGCUGGAAAGCUGUGCCCCAACAACCGGGAGAUCCGGCGGCUGCUGGCCCGUGUGGAGGAGGAGUGUAAGCAGAUGCAGCGCAGCACCACCCAGGGCAACCCGCAGGGGGCAACGUCCUCGUCCAACCAGGCUCCGGUGAACCACGACUCUGACCACGAACACGAGGAGGAGGAGGAGGAGGAGGAGGUGUCGGAGCAUAGAGUGGCUGUCAGUAGAGGUCUGGAUGGACAGAACACUCUGAGGUUGAACGAUGUGGAAGAGGAGGAGGGGACUUCUCAGCAGUCUCAACACUCAGAUAGGAGAGGAGAGAAGGGUGAGCCCUGGCCUCAGAAGAUCUACUCCCUCAAUAGAACUCUGCCUGACUCACUCAGUCUGGCCACCCAGCCGCCGCAGCAGCAGAACACCAGGCCUGGCUCUCCCCCCUCCGGCCUCACAGGCCCUGGAAGGCUGAGUCACCACCGCUACCCCCCCAGGGAGCCCAGAGAGCCCUUGGCCCAGCAGGGUCUGGUCCUCCAGCCCACCAAGCAGGCCCAGAUAGUGAAAACCAACCAGCACAUGAGCUCCCUGCAGGCAGGAGGCCGCUCCUCGGGGGCCAAGUCCCAGUACGCUCCCUCCAGCCCCCUGCCCAGCCGACACAUGUCCAGCAUGCUGAAGCCAGGUCCAGGGCUAGGCAUUGACAUCAGCCCUCUACCGCCCCCUCCUGACGAGCCCGUCUACGGGGAGCAACGCCUGUCCAUGGCUGCUGCCUCGCAGUCCCAGAACAUGGCUAUGGGCCAUCACUGUGACAGGGACAGCGAGUCCCUGCACUUGUCCCAGACCACCUACUCCUCCUGCAAUGCCCAGGACCGUCUGUCUGCCCACUCGGUGUCCUCCCUGGACGCUCUAACUUCAGUGUCUCCCCAGGGCCUCCUCGACGCUGCAGGGCCAGGCCAGGAGCGGAGGAAGGAGUGCGGGGGUAAUGGGGUCUCCCAGGCAUGCUCCCAAGGGGUAGGCAGCAACAUCAGGGUGUCCAGCUCCACCAGCUCCCUGGCCUCCAGCAGUAGUCUGUCUGACAGCGGCAAGCUGCAGGGCCCUGACGUACGCACCAAAACCACCACAGACAAGGCAAAGCAGGGCCAGAACCAGGGAGGCACGAGCGAGUGGAAACCCAGGCCCUUCAUGGGCAUCAUGGACAAGACAGCACGCUUUCUUCAGCAGCAACAACAACUGCAGCAGCAACAGCAGCACCAAGGACUCCAGAGCCACCCGGGCCUUCAGCCCCCGACCGGAGCCCUCCGCAGCUGGCAGAGUCACUCCUCGGACGGAUUAGUGUGCCAAUCUAUGUCUGCCAUGGGCCUACAGGCGACGGGGGCGAACUGUGAGCUACCUUAUGCCAAAACAGGGAGCACUUACUACGAGCAGCUCAAAGCUCCAUCUCAGGGUGCUAUGGGGAGCCUGCAGAACGGAAUGCACUCGAAGGAAUUCACAGAGAAGUUCUGCCAAGCAGCCACCUGUUACAAGGAAUCCAAGCCAGCGCUGGCCAUGCCGUCGCAUGCUUUUGUGGACAGUAAGCCCAAGCAGCCGAGUUUAGCCCGAGAUAAUCCCGCCAUUCACGUAGCCUCAAUGAAACCAAAGCGAUCAUUCAUAGAGUCAAAUGUGUAGGGAUAUGUAUUCCCCCUUCUCUCAACACACACACAGACACACACGCAGACACAUGCGCGCAUACCAACACACAGAUACGCACGCACUUAUACACAACACACACAUUGUACACACACUCAAGACACACAUUAACACUCAACACACACACACAUGCAUACACACACACACACACAGAUACGCAUGCACAUACACACACACACACACACACACAUUGUACACACACUCAAGACACACAUAAACACUCAACACACACACAUCUCUUAGCAAAAAUUCCAAGUGGAGGGAUUGCUUAAGUUUUUAACAGGCCAUCGAACAAUUGGGUUUUAGGUCUAAACUUUGAAAGAAUUUUGUUCCCCCUGGUGAAUAUCUGCCACAGGCAGCGUUUUGAGUGAAGCAGAAACAGAACGGAUUUCUUUCUUUCCUACUAAUGCAUACGGCUGUUUGCUUCUGUUACAGGACGACAUGCUCCCUGUCAUUCAGCAAAGCUGGAGACAUUGCACUGAGACAGUCAUUGGGCAUGUACUAAUAGACAAAACAGUCACGGCACUUUACGCAUUUACAUAGGCCUUUAAGUAAAGUGCUUAUACAAUAUAAUGUUAUUACUGAGUUGUUGAAGGUUGAGUAUAAAACAAUAUGUGCAUCCCAAAUGGCACCGUAUAUAGUGCUCUACAUUUGACCAACUCUGGUCAAAAGUAGUGCACUACAUAGGGAAUCGGGUGCCAUUUGGGACGCAUUCAAUGGGAUUUGAACUGUGUUCAUUGUGUCAAUGGUGCUGAAGGAAGAAUUUUGGAGCUAUAUACAGUGCGUUCGGAAAGUAUUCAGACCCCUUGACUUUGUCCACAUUUUGUUACGUUACAGACUCAUAAAAUUUCCCUCAUCAAUCUACACACAAUACCCCAUAAUGAUAAAGCGAAAACAGGUUUUUAGAAUGUUUUGCAAAUGUAUUCAAAAUAAAAAACAUUAUCUUAUU